AGAGAGAGAAAGAGAAGCAGAGAGAGACAGAGAGAAAAAUUGAGAGAGAGAGAGAGAGACAGAGACAGAGAGAGAAAUUGAGAGAGAGACAGAGAGAGAGAAAAAUUGAGAGAGAGACAGAGAGAGGGUGGCCGUUAAUUUCCGUUAAUAUUUUUGUAUUUUGGGAGUGCGAGCAACGAUGGUUACAGACGAAGAGCUAUCCCGAGCCAUAGAGUCGCUCUUCAACGACGACAAUCCUGAUCACAACGCUAACCCUAACCCCAGAGCGUUCACCACCCUAAACGGUGUCGUUCAGGAGCUGGAGUCCAAGCUUGGGCUCGACCUCUCCCACAAGGUCGAUUUCAUCCGAGUCCAGAUCCAACUCCUCUUCCGAUCCUAUAUACCAUCACCGCCACAACCACUACCAAGAGACUAUUUUGCCCUCCACCAAAACCCUAAUUUCCACCCCGGUCCCUCCCCAGUGUCCUCCGCUUUCCAGAGCUUCUCGGCUCAGCCCGUUCCACAACAGCCGGUUAAGCCCGAACCCGCCGCCGCCGUUGCUGAGGCGCCGACGGUUAGUGCUCAACCUAAAGCAACUAAGAGAAAAGGUGGGCCUGGGGGUCUGAACAAACUUUGUGGUGUUUCACCUGAACUUCAGGCUAUUGUUGGCCAGCCAGCAUUGCCAAGGACUGAGAUUGUGAAGCAGCUGUGGGCUUACAUAAGAAAACACAAUCUCCAAGAUCCAAGUAACAAAAGGAAAAUCAUCUGCAAUGACGAGCUGCGUUUGGUAUUUGAGACAGACUGUACAGACAUGUUCAAGAUGAACAAGUUGCUGGCUAAACAUAUCAUUGCUCUAGAACCUACUAAACAGUCAAGUCCUAAGAAGCCGAAGGUAGAGGUGGAGCCUGCAAUGAAAAGUAGUGAAUCUGGUCCUUCUGUAAUAAUAUCUGAAGCACUUGCAAACUUCUUUGGUGUUGUUGGAAGGGAGAUGCUCCAGUCAGAGGUUUUAAGACGGAUCUGGGAAUAUAUAAAGCUCAACAAUCUGGAGGAUCCUGUAAAUCCCAUGGCAAUACUAUGUGAUGCAAAGCUUCAAGAGCUCUUUGGUUGUGAAAGCAUUUCUGCGUUGGGUAUACCAGAAGUUUUGGUGCGCCAUCAUAUAUUCAGGAGACCACUAUGCUGAUCGUGUUGACUGUUACAAAUACAUGGUGCUGAAGCCAGUAUGUAAGGUGAUGCUUAGGAAAGCUGAUAUGUUUCUGUAUAUUGAUAACUUAGUUUUUUCUGUCCCUCUGUCUGAGUUUGUAUGUAUGAACAAAAUGAAGAUGUACUAUGGGCUUGUGGCAUGUUCUAUUUUGCAGUUGGAGCCAUGGUCCCAUGGUCUUAAUUUGCCUGACCUGGCAUCUUAGGUUAGAAUAACGCUUGGGAGUUUCUAACACCAGUAAAGUCCAGACAGUAGAGAAAGAAGAUCAUUUGUAAUAGAUGAUACAAUUUUUUUUUUUUUUUUUUUUGUACACUCAUGGAAGAUGGUCUUUAUUUGGAUUUUUAUCAACUAUUAUGCAUGUAAAGAAAAUUUUAGGGAAAUGUUCAGCUCUUGGUUUCAUAUUUAUAUGGAAUAUGUGUUUUGUA